CGUAAUCCCUUCGUCAAGGAGGAUGCUCGCUCAUUCAUUCGUUUCCUUGGCGGGCGGGAUUCUGUCUUUGAUCUCUCCCGCCCCCUUUGUUUCGGCCCAGCUACGCCUUCAAAGCGGCGUGGAGUUGGUUCGCAGAUCGCCCACAUCAGAUAAUGUUGGGGUGUUCACGCCUGAUGACUACCGGUACUUCACCACCGUUAAUUUGGGAGGCCUCAACCUGACUCUCUACGUGGACACGGGUUCCUUUGACCUCGUUGUAUACCCGCGAGGACGAAAUAUCAAGUUGACGAACUCCACCAACCUCCAUGUCAAUGAAAUCUAUGGCAUAGGGGAGGCAGAAGGCGACAUUCAGUUCGCCGACCUGCGGAUGGGGGAUAUCACUAUCUCGUCUCAAGCGUUCCUCCUUGCGACAGAGACGCAGAACUUCGCAGCAUACGGAGACGGCAUCUUGGGCUUGGGCUUCAAUGGUUACUCUACCGUCUACAACACGCUCGCUAGGACGUACGGCGCGCAGUUCGCCGCGCAGACCGGCAACACCCCGGCAACCGCGCUCUUCGCUCAACAACCCAGCCUUCCGAGGACUGUCGAUAUCCAGCUCAGUCGAGAAGACGAGCUUCGCGACAUCACAUAUGGAACGUUCCUCGUCGGCGAGCACGACGCGAACUUCCAGGAUGUCACGAGCGCGCCUCAACUCCCAGUCGUCUCCCCCGGAAAUCGGUGGGCCGUGGUCAUGGACGCGAUGAACAUUAACGGCACGCCGUUCACGUUCAACAAGUCGAGCGUACCGGGAACGCCUGACGGCAAGGUCGUCGCCCUUCUCGACACCGGGUACUCGUUCCCGCCGCUCCCACCCGCGGCCGUGGACGCGAUCUACUCCAGCAUACCAGGCGCCGUGCGCGACCCCAGCCUCGGCUUCCCCUGGGUCGUGCCCUGCAACGCGAGCAUCAAGCUGUCCUUUGUGUUUGCGGGCCAGGAGUUCUUCGUCCAUCCUCUUGAUCUCACGUACGUUGCCACGGAUGUGGUUGGUACCAGUGGUAACCGCGUGAACGCGGCGGUCUGCGUCAACACGUUCCGGUACAACACCCUCAACCCUGCGGAGUUCAGUGGAAACGACCUCAACGUGGGCGCGCCCUUCAUGCGCAAUGUCUACGCCUCCUUCACCUACGGCAGCGGCACAGAGAGCGCGGGCUCAUUCGUGCAGAUGGUCUCGACGACGCCGGACUUCGACACGGCCCUCCAGGAGUUCCAGACACAGCGCGCCGCGACGCUCGCGAAGUUCCCGCCCGUAUUAGAUCCAGCCUCCUUGAACAUAACGAGCGGUCCGUCCGCGCCGUCGGCGGCGCUGUCUCCAAGCACAGCGCAAACGCCAACACAGUUCUCGAGCGCAGUCACAGUGCAGGGGGCGACGCUCUCGCUCUCUGCUGGCACUGCGUCGCGGGGUACGCCAACGGUAACGGCAAGUGCACCGCAGAACACGACGGCAGGUUCGAGCGCGCAAGAGCCGAGUGGGGCGCUGGGACGGGGGAUAUGGGGCGGGAAGUUGCUUGGGUCUAUAGCGUUGUUAUCGAGUGUUCUACCGUUGAUAUGACCUUUCUGGGCUGCGCAUCCUGCUUUGUAUCCCAUGUUGCUUUCGGAUGAGACCUCAGUAUACCCUGGGAAGA